UCCAGACUCUCCUGAUUACAUUUAGUCAGGGGCAAGUGCCGGGGAAACCUUCAGUGGACUAGGUAACCAGUCGCGUCAUAGAUUCACGUCUGAGAUCUCAACCACAUUUCAUCGCCCAAUAAUUAGUGGGUCUAGAUGUUGAUCAUUGCGGGCACCAAUGGCGUUCAGCAUCCGGUUAGACGCACCACGACUCCACGCAGAGCUUCUGUUCAGCAUUCUGCAAACAGGGUUUCUCAUGAGCCCCUCGUUUAUAAACAAUUGCUUAGGCACUUAAGUGACACACCGGAGAAGUACUAGGAAAGCAUUUCUGUUCCACUGCAGCAGAUAAACUUGUUUCUUUUUCACUUACCUUCGUCUUCUCCAUGGAGUCAAUAACAACUUAUAAUAGGCAUCAUGCAGGUUGGCCACCGGAUAACCAAGGCGAUGAUUGUAAUAUUGAUCUACUAGCCGAAUCGGCGGGUCCGUUCUCGACAGAAAUUGCGCACAUUCUCGGGAGCCUUGAAUUCAACUGGGAAAACACAGGGGGAGCAUCAAGCGAUGCUAGCUAUCAAGGUAGUGCGGAUCCACACUUCAUUUUCGAUCUGUGUUUUCCGGUCUUAAAAGCUUCCCCGGCCGAUCAAAUAGGCCAGAAGGAACACUUGCGGGAAGCAGAAGAGGUGUCCUGGCCUGGGGAAUGGCUUUCGCCCCAGUCCCAGUUGCUCUCUCCCCCAAACCUCAUGGAUAACCAGGAUCUCUCGACUGCCUUUUUGACGUGCAGUCCUAACGUUCAAGAUUCAAGCCUGAAGGCCCAACGCCCCACAGUUAGACGACGUCGACGACGGCAAAACCACGCAUGCGAUCCCUGCCGCUCAUCUAAAAAGGCCUGCGACUUGCCUCGGGGGGUUUGUACCUCUGAUGAUAGGGCCACCAAGCCAUGUUCAGGUUGCAAAAUGCGGGGCAUCGACUGCACUGUCUCCUGGCUGGCCAGUAGGCAGCUGGUACGUCAAACCGAUCGGGAUUGCGGAAAACCGAAUUCAGUCAUGGAGAACGACGCUGGCGACAGGGAAGGAACCGAUGCUGCCGAGAUUGGCCACGAUGCCCUGGCUUCCCUAUCAACUUUAGAGACCGACUUAUCAAGGAGCGCGAUGGCUGGCAGUAUAUGUUCACAAUAUUUCAACCUCUUCAUCGAUAUCUCGGACUCGUUUCUGUCACAAUGCCUCGUUCAAGGAAGCAUGCCUCCCCCGUACAAAUUCGGUGUGGCAGCGUAUGACACGCUAAGCGCAAGCGCCCAGCUAUCUGCAUGCAUUGAGAGAGCCGAGAGGUGGGUUUCUACCUGCUGGCAUGGCUCUCUCAGCCGCGCAGCACUUACUGCAUCACCUAGCCCAUGCAUAUUUAGGGCCGUUAGUGUGCUUGACGCUCUUCUGUCUCCCACUCCUGGGGCAUCACGAGAUGCAUCCAUCACAGAGGCGUAUAAAUGGGUCGCGAUCGCUACAGCAGCUCAGUUGGCAAUUCAUAAGGAGGGGGAGGCUGGGAAUGUAGACGGCGUCGGAGCCCAGUCGCAACUCCGGGGUGUCGCUUUGGUUUCAUGGCAAAAAGCCAAGGAGCUAGUAUUCAGAAACAUUGCAGCCACGGGAUCAUUCCGACUAGCCCUAUCGCUUGUUUUCUUCGGUGAUAUUAUUCCUCCAAAUAGCAGCACUAUUGAAGAAGACAAGGAGGACAGGGCUUUUGCUUUUUGCGAAGGAAUCAAGCGUUUGAGGGCGCUCUGUUUACAAACACGCAGCGAUAUCGAAGCUCAAAAAGAAAUGGGCUCCACCCCACGCUCGACGUCUUUCAACACUACCAGCGGAGGAAAACGGUAUCAUAUACCGAACCUACCGCCUGAGGCAAACCAAUUAAUUUUAGAGCUUGUCGGCGCACUCGAAUGGUUGGUUUCUCUAUACAAUACUAUCGCUAUUGGCACGUCAUAUGGGAAGAUCUGUCCGUUCCCUCUUGAGGCGGAGGAUGAUGAACCAACUAUUUCUUCUGGUAUGGAAUCACCGGCGUCUAGCCAUAUCAUAGACGAUGACACCCUAUCGCCUUUGUUAGCAUGGCGGUGUCCGCAAGAGAUCGAGAACUCCAUCGUGGCGCGUGUACAGCAGGGAGGAAGCUCAUUUAUUGAAUUCUGGAAGAAUAAUGUCCAUGAGAGCGAAGCGGUACUUUAUGCUGGAAGACUUUUCGUAUCGCUUUCCAUUCUUCUAUGGAGAUCUCUGGCUCGAUUUACAAUAGGUGCAGCAGCAGUCGACACAGGGAAUGCUAAGUAUAGCGACAUCGAUCGGGACUACACCGCGAUGAUUGACCUCAUUGAGCUCUGGAGAACGCAUUUUGGAAAGGUCGACCUACAUACUAAAUUGUGUCUUCAGCAAUCAGAUCGCGAAGUCUGGCGAAUGUCUGCUUUUUGUUCUGUCGAUACUGAUUUCGCUAUACUGCUCUUUUACAACGUGGCUCAGAGGCUCGAGAAGCGUCUUGUACAACUACCAUCGAUACCGGCUAAAGAACGGCUGUCCAGUUCUAUUCGAUCCACACGAGCACGCCGCUCCACGCAAAGGCUUGUGAGUGCCAUACAAAUAGCCACAAUCUCUUCCACAUGUCAGGGAUCAGCUCCAGCGCCACUGUGCCAGCCGAUACCAACGUAUGGCCGAUACAUGUGCGCACAUCCGUCGCCUUGGGCGGUGAUUCAGUUACACACCCUUGCUGCACAGGCCUUUUCCGAUGAGAUCAACAACCCGAGCACUCCUCCCGAUGCCAAGCACGCUUCGGAGAUGACACUGGGCUUGAACACAUGUCUUCGAGGUUUAUUAGGGCUCCGAGACAAUCUAUUCAUGGCCCCUGGCCCAGCUCAGGUUAAUAAUUGACCUGUGCAAAGGAUCGAGUUUUGCGGAACGUGGAGCAGGCUUAAUUAUUGCAUGGAUGCAAACGAAUUCUCUUGUAGGCAUGUUAGUAGAGUUUCUGCCUCCAAAUCUUGCUCA